AUGUACUCCAUAAUACCAUUGGCAUUUGUGGUAUUCCUGGGUAUGAUCAGAGAAUUAAUAGCUGAUGUAAAAAGAUGGAAAAAGGAUAAAGAGACUAAUAAUAGGAUAUUCAAUCUUGUCAGAAAAGAAUAAGUAGUUUAAGUGAAAAGCUAAGAUCUGAGAGUAGGAGAUAUCAUAGAACUACAUGAUGAUUAAAUUGUGCCGGCAGACUGCGUUUUAUUAAGCAGCUCUGAUAAUAAUGGCUAGUGCUUUGUGCAAACAUCUUCAUUAGAUGGUGAAAAGAACCUAAAACCUAAAUUAGCAAUAAAAUUUAUUCAGGACAAUGUAAAUAGGAUUAUUAAAGAGGAUGUAUAGCUAUUGCUAAUAUAUAACUAACCAAGCAGAGCAUUGUAUGAAUUUGAUGGGACUAUUGAAACAAAUGAAAUUGGCUAAGAAUCUAAAAUCUCAAAAAAUUUGGAUUUUAAAUAAUUCAUUCAUGCAGGCUCUACAAUAAAAAACUCAAAUAAAAUACUGGCAAUUAUAAUUUACACAGGAAACUAGACUAAACUCUUUCUAAAUCAAGGAAGUUAUCAUUAUAAAUAGUCUCUUAUUGAGAAGCAGCUAAACAUUAUACUCUUUAUAAACCUUUUCAUCAUCUUAGGAGUAUCUGCCAUAAUGGCAGGGAGACUCUUUUCUAGUGUAAGAGAUGAAGGUAAAUCCUUAAAAUAUAUAUUUCCUGAAGAAAACCCUGAUCCUACAUUCUAUGCUGGAACAGGCUUUGCCUCAUUUUAUAUAUUGAUGAACUCGUUUAUACCUUUAUCUCUUGUUAUCACUCUAGAAAUAUCAAAGUUAUGGUAUUCUAAGUUUAUCGAAGAUGAUGCUGAAAUGAUCACAAUAGUAGAUGAUGGAGCAUCGAUUGAUUCCUGUAGAGUUUAGAAUAUGACAAUACAUGAAGAAUUGGGUAACAUUAACUAUAUAUUAUGCGAUAAAACUGGGACUUUAACUUAGAAUGAAUUAGUAUUCAAAGCAUUUGCUACGAAUCAACUUGUCUUUGAAGGGAUAAUAGAAGAAAUUUUGAGUAAAAGCUAAUCAUUCAAAAAUAGUGAAGAUUAUCUCAACUUUUGGAGAUGUCUUUGUCUAUGUCAUGAUGCUAUUUCAAUUUAGAAAAAUGAUCUCUACUCAAUUUCUUCUGCUUCGCUGGAUGAGCAAAUACUAUUGUAAAUGAGCAGCUCAUCUAACUUUGCUAGAUUUUUAAAGAAGGAUUCUGAUACUAUGACAAUAUAACUAUAAGAUAAGGAAGAAAUUUAUGAUGUUCUAAAAGUUUUUGAAUUCGAUUCUACUAGGAAAAUGAUGAGUGUCAUAGUAAAAAACGUUUAAAGUUAAAAGAUUUAUCUAUUUUCCAAAGGUGCUGACAUGGCAAUAUUGCCCAUCCUUAAAUUUGAAAAAUCUUCGGAAGAUAUUCACAAAGAAACCCUUUCCAACAUUAAUAAAUAUGCAAAGCAAGGCUUUAGGAUAUUGGUAUUUGGUUAUAGAGAAAUUGAAGAGUCUUAAUUGUAGUCAAUCUUAAGAGGUAAAUUAAAUAGUCAGCAAGUAGAGUGUGGUUUAAGUCUAUUAGGAAUUACAGCAGUUGAAGAUUUACUCUAAGAAAAUGUUACUUAAUGCAUUUAAGAUUUCAAGGAGGCAAAUAUAAAUGUUCUUAUGCUUACAGGUGAUAAAGGGGAGACUGCCGAAUAAGUAGGAUAUUCAUGUGGCUUGUUUAAAGUGGGUCAAAAAAUAAUAAAGCUAGAUGAUAUGGAAUUAAAUAAAGUUUAAAUAGGAGGUUAAGUAGAUCUUAUCAAGGAUAAUAAAGAUCUGGAAAACACAGUUUUUAUGGUAUCUGGCAAUAAAAUUGCUGAAUUAUUUUCUGGUUCACAAAACAAUUAGAAGUAACUAAAGACGAUAUUUGAGAGCUGCAAAGCAGGUAUAUUAUUUCGAUUAUCACCAGGAUAAAAAGCUUAAGUUGCUAGUUUUAUUAAGAGUCAAAUUAAUGGGGCAGUAACAUUAGCUGUUGGUGAUGGAGCAAAUGACGUAAAUAUGAUUCAAUAGGCACACGUAGGAGUUGGUAUUUUUGGAAAAGAGGGAAAUUAGGCAGCUUAAUUUUCAGACUAUGCAAUUCCUCAAUUCAAGCAUCUUAGAAGAUUAUUGUUCUGGCACGGUAGAACCUACGCUCUGAGAUUUUCUAAUUUUACUAAAUGGUUUAUAUGGAAGAAUAGCAUAUUUAGCAUAAUCUUGCUUUAUCAUAGCUUUGAUACAAAAUAUUCAGCGGGAAAUCUAGUACCAGAUUUUUUCUAUGCAGUUUAUGAUGUACUGUUCACAAAUCUUGCUAUACUAAUGUAUUGCAUCAUAGAUCAAGAUGUUGAUUAUAAAUUUACAAACAAAGAAGACCAAUUGAAAUUCAAACUAUCCAAUUAUUAUAACCAUACUAGAGAAAGAGUUGUAAAAACAACUAUUAGAUAAUACUGGAUUUGGCUGAUUUACAUUUUUAUUGCCAGUUUACCUAUAUAUUAUGUUACCUAAUAUUCCUACAAUCAUGCUAUUGUAACCUCUGAUGGUAAAACUGAUGGUUUGAUGACUAUUGGGUUCGCUAUUACAACAUCAAUGGUCACUGCUCAUCAUAUUAUGAUUACUAUUGCUACUAGAAAUUGGACAUUUUUUGCAGUGAUACUCUACAUUCUAUCAUUUUUAGCUUUUAUGCCAUUGGGAAUUAUAGUAGAAGAUAAUAUUCCAGCAAAUAGUUUAUAUGCAACUGCAUUCACCGAUGGAAUGAUUUAACCAUAGUAAUGGCUAACUAUUAUUAUUACUAGUGCUAUGGUAGUAUUUCCUUACUAUAUAGUUUACAAUAUUUGGCAUUUGAUACUUUACUCUAAAUAUAAUUACUGA